UUUUACCAAUUCUCUUUUUAUUUUCCUUCCGAAUCGCACGCUUUUUCUCCGUCUCUGUCGGGUCGUUCGGCUAACCAAAAUUAAGCAAAAUUAGCAACAAGGAAAGCGCAGCCACGGCGAAAACGGAAGGCGGCAGCAGAACGACGACCAGUGACGGAAGAAAGCACCAGAAAUUCUUCGUAAAUCUAACGCAGCGCGCGUGUUGACACACACACACACACAGAACACCUACACACACACGUGUGCGUGACGCAAAAGGAGGUGGUGAAGAGGGGAACAAAGCGGAUUGACAAAUAACAAAGUUUGUUGGCCACUGGACUCGCCUUGUUGUUGUUGUUGCCCUGAUAUCUCCAGUUGUCGUACCACCGGAGCUGCGCCGCAUGGACGAGGAAGUCAUUGAGAUUAGCGAUAGUGAACGCGAGGAAAACUCUUCCAACUCGGAAAUGGAUGUGGAAAUCACCGCCGAGCAGCCGGGAGUUGUUGGCGUUGAUGCCAGCGAUGCUGCGCCGGAGGAGAUUGUGCCCAAGGACGCGGCCACCAUCGCCGAAGAAAAAAAGAAACUGGGCAACGACCAAUACAAGGCACAAAACUAUCAAAAUGCGCUCAAGCUCUACACGGACGCCAUAUCGCUAUGUCCGGACUCUGCGGCCUACUAUGGUAAUCGGGCUGCUUGCUACAUGAUGUUGCUCAACUAUAACAGCGCCCUAACGGACGCCCGCCAUGCCAUACGCAUCGAUCCUGGCUUCGAGAAGGCCUACAUACGGGUGGCCAAGUGCUGCCUGGCCCUCGGCGACAUCAUCGGUACGGAGCAGGCGGUAAAAACAGUGGCGGAGCUCAAUUCACAGAGCACAGCUUUGAGCGGGGAGCAGUCGGCAGUGCAGAAGCUGCGACAACUGGAGGCCACCAUACAGACCAACUAUGAUUCAAAGGCAUAUCGUAAUGUGGUCUUCUACCUGGACAGUGCCUUGAAAAUGGCACCAGCCUGCUUGAGAUAUCGCCUUCUAAAAGCCGAGUGCCUUGCCUUUUUGGGACGCUGCGACGAGGCCUUAGACAUUGCUGUGGGCGUUAUGAAGCUGGACACCACCUCGGCGGAUGCCAUCUAUGUGAGAGGACUGUGCCUGUACUAUACCGACAACCUAGACAAGGGCAUUCUGCAUUUCGAGCGCGCUUUGACCCUCGAUCCCGACCACUACAAGUCCAAGCAAAUGCGCAGCAAGUGCAAGCAGCUCAAGGAGAUGAAGGAGAAUGGCAAUAUGCUUUUCAAAUCUGGUCGCUAUCGCGAAGCCCAUGUCAUCUACACGGACGCCUUGAAGAUCGAUGAGCAUAACAAGGAUAUUAACUCGAAGCUGCUGUAUAAUCGCGCCCUGGUCAAUACCCGCAUAGGUAGCUUGCGCGAAGCAGUAACCGAUUGCAAUCGAGUGUUGGAGCUGAAUAGCCAGUAUCUGAAGGCUCUGCUGUUACGUGCCCGCUGCUAUAACGAUCUGGAGAAGUUCGAGGAGGCGGUGGCCGACUAUGAGACGGCGCUGCAGCUGGAGAAGACGCCAGAGAUUAAGCGGCUGUUGCGCGAGGCCAAGUUUGCGUUGAAAAAGUCGAAACGAAAGGAUUACUACAAGAUUCUGGGCAUCGGGCGCAAUGCCAGCGAUGAUGAGAUCAAGAAGGCGUAUCGCAAGAAGGCCCUGGUUCAUCAUCCCGAUAGGCAUGCGAACAGCAGUGCCGAGGAGCGCAAGGAGGAGGAGCUCAAGUUCAAGGAGGUGGGCGAGGCGUAUGCCAUACUCUCCGAUGCACGCAAGAAGGCGCGUUACGACAGUGGGCAGGAUAUUGAGGAGCAAGAGCAAGCUGACUUUGAUCCGAAUCAAAUGUUCCGCUCCUUCUUCCAAUUCAAUGGCAACGCUGGCGGCGGCGGUCGCAACAAUUCCUUCAACUUUGAGUUCUAAGAGAUCCUGCUGCCUGUGUUCGUUCGUUCAGAGGAGACGACAACUCCCUCCCAAAAUAAAUCUGCCUCAUCCGGAAGCCAACAACGCUGCGCACAAAAAUUUCACAUCUUCUUGCAGUUUUCCUCUUUUUUUUUUCAUACGAAAAAAAUUUCAUUUUGAUUUUAUAUACAUUUUGGUUGGAAAAGAAAAACAAAGAAAAACGUGUAUAACGAAAAUUACUAGAUCAAAAAUCAAACGGAAAAUUUUCAGUGUAUUUUCACAUUUUAAAUGUUUUGCUUUUAAAUCAUUUCGGUGGCAUUAAAUCAAACCUAAUAAAUUUUUGAAAAUAUGUGAAGAGAAAAAUAAAAACAUGUAUGUCAAGUUUGCUAUA